AUGUUGGCUAACUUCUUCAUCAACUCUCUCUCAUCCUCAGCAUUCUAUCCUCAGCUCUUCAUCCGCAGCUCUCCUUCCUCAGCACUCCUUCAUUCCCCUUUUCUGAGCAGUCUAUCCUCAACUCUCCGUCCCAUCCUUUCUCAGCUCGCCUUCCUCACCUCUAUUUACUCAGCUCUCUAUCCUCAGCUCUCCAUCCUAAGCUAUCCUUCAUCAGCUCUCCCUCCUCAGCUCUCCAUCAUCAGCUCUCACUCACUAGCAUUUCUUUCUCAGCUCUCCUUCCUCAGUACACUUUCCCCAGCUCUCCAUUCUCAGCUCUUCAUCCUCAGAUAUACUUCCUCACCUCGCCUUCCUCUCCUCUCUUUCCUCAGCUCUCCAUAUUCGGCCAUUCUUCCUCAGCUCUCCACUCACCUUAUAUGCAUAAUCUAUCUAUCUAUCUAUCUAUCUAUCUAUCUAUCUAUCUAUCUAUCUAUCUAUCUAUAUAUAUAUAUAUCCUUAUUAGUGAAACACAGUAGAAUCAACAUCUAUCUAUCUAUCUAUCUAUCUAUCUAUCUAUCUAUCUAUCCUAGAUAUGACGAUAAACUACAUCCGGCAGCAAGGCCUCUGAUUGGGAGAUUGGAGUCUAUCUAUCUAUCUAUCUAUCUAUCUAUCUAUCUAUCUGAUGAUAUUCGACUUUGUAUAUACCCUGUCUCAGUCUAUCUAUCUAUCUAUCUAUCUAUCUAUCUAUCUAUCUAUCUAUCUAUCUAUCUAAGUUUGUGCAUAUCUGUCUAUCUAUCUUAA